AUGCCAUUUGGAUUAGCCAACGCCCCUGCCACUUUUCAACAUUGGAUCAAUGAUAUCCUACGGCCCUAUCUCGAUCAAUUUGUCACAGCUUAUCUGGAUGAUAUCCUGAUAUAUUCGGAAACCCUGUCGGAACACAAGGAACACAUUCAGAAGGUUUUGAAGGUACUUGAUGAGAAUCAUGUUCACCUUAAACCUGAGAAAUGUGAAUUCAUGGUCCAGGAAACAAAGUAUCUCGGCCUUAUUCUCACCCCUGAUGGGAAUAGGAUGGACCCGAAGAAAGUUGUUGAUGUUUUAGAAUGGUCUAUACCAAGGAAUCUUCACGAUGUUCAGACGGAUGAAAGGGAGGAAGCAUUCCAGACAUUGAAAAAGAUGUUUAUAUUGGCACCCAUACUAAUGCACUUUGAUCCGGAUCGGAAAAUCGUAGUAGAAACCGAUGCAUCCGACUAUGUUUCUGCUGGAAUCCUGUCCCAACGCGACGACGAGGGAAUUUUGCAUCCAGUUGCUAUCUUUUCUAAGAAGCAUUCCCCGGCGGAAUGUAACUAUGAAAUCUAUGAUAAAGAACUCCUAGCAAUCAUACGAUGCUUUGAAGAAUGGCGACACCAUUUGGAGGGGGCACAAUUUCCGAUCGAAGUCCUAAGCGACCAUCGAAAUCUUGAAUAUUUUAUGUCAACCAAGUUAUUAAAUCGUCGUCAAGCUCGUUGGUCUGAAUUUCUAUCACGUUUUGAUUUCGUUAUACAAUUUCGACCAGGAAAGCAAGGGGCAAAACCGGAUGCGUUGACUAGGAGGUCAGGUGACCUGCCUAAAGAAGGGGAUGAACGGUUGACACAUCAAAGUCAAGUGGUUUUGAAGAGGAGAAAUUUGGAUGGAAAGCUAAGUUUGUUCGCGGGUUCUUUUUCAAAUGAAUCCGCUGAAGGAAUGUCCACUGUAGAGGAGUUGUUUUCAAAUGCUUACCAAGUUGACAGUUUCCCGAACAAAGUCCUCGUGAUGCUCCGGAAUGGCGUCCGCCACUCGAACAAAAUCUCCCUUGCCGAAUGCACGGAAGAUAACAAUGGUCGGCUACUUUACCGUGGCGCACUCUAUGUACCCGACGACAAUGACCUUCGGCUAAGACUUCUAAAAGAGUAUCAUGACAAACCAUCGGCAGGUCAUCCAGGCAGAGCGAAGACUUUGGAACUCCUGAAUCGAGAGUAUUACUGGCCACAAAUGCGGAAGUAUAUCGAUCAGUAUGUUCGGAAUUGCAAUGUGUGUGCCCGUAGCAAGGCACUACGCAAUGCACCAUAUGGAGUACUCCGCCCGAUGCCAAUACCCGAUGGACCAUGGACGGAUGUGUCAAUGAAUUUUGUUACCGACCUCCCGGAGAGCGAUGGAUACAAUGCAAUCUUGGUCGUGGUAGAUAGGUUAACUAAGAUGCGACACCUAAUAUCAACAACAAAGGAGGCGGACUCAAGGGAAGUAGCGAGACUGUAUAUUGACAAUGUUUGGAAAUUACAUGCAUUACCCGAUACUAUGGUAUCCGAUCGAGGGACACAAUUCGUUGCGGAAUUCUGGAGGUCUCUUUGCGACCGUCUGGAAAUAUCACCAAAGUUUUCUACCGCGUUCCACCCUCAGACGGAUGGGCAGACGGAAAGGAUUAAUGCCAUGAUGGAACAGUACCUUCGGAGUUAUGUUUCCUAUCAACAAGAUGACUGGACUCGAUGGUUACCAAUGGCUGAAUUUGCGACCAACAAUCACGUUUCAGAAACAACAAAGAUAUCUCCUUUCUUUGCCAAUUUAGGACGAAAUCCAAGAAUGACGUUCGGUCCUUUGGAACAUGGUAGGACGACAGCAGAGGAUCAGGCUAAUGAAGAGUCGGCCAAUACGAGUCGGACUCCUGCCCCUCACUAUCGUGUGGGGGAUAAAGUUUUCUUAUCAACACGCCAUGUCCUCACUAAACGCCCUUCGAAGAAACUCGAUUGGAAACGCAUUGGACCAUAUAUUGUGAAGCGGAUCGUUAAUCCUUAUGCCUAUGAGUUGGAACUCCCUCGUUCUAUGAAAGUUCAUCCCGUAUUCCAUGUCUCUUUAUUGUCGUCUGCAGCAAACGAUCCUUUACCAGGACAACAACAGUUACCACCACCGCCGGUCGAAGUUGAAGGACAGGAGGAGUGGGAAGUCGAGAGUAUUUUGGAUUCCAGGGAUCGUCGAGGAAGAUUUGAAUACUUGGUUAAGUAUGCCGGUUAUAACGAAGCUUCGUGGCAGCCAUUGUCGGAUGUCGAACAUUCGCCCGAUAUUGUCAAACGAUUUCACGAACGAUACCCACGAAAGCCUAAGCCUACCAGGAGAUAG